AUGUUGUUAGGUACUUCUAAGCAUACUUCUCCUCUGGAUGCUAAUGUGUUGCAUAGUGGUCCUUGCCUUGAUCAAAGUUCUCAGAAUCUUUUACUGGCUCCUGUUACUUCUGAAGAUAUUAAGGAUGCUUUAUUUUCUGUUGGAAAUGAUAAAUCUUCUGGGCCAGAUGGUUAUUCUUCUUUUUUCUUCAAGAAGUCUGGGGUGUUGUUGGUGAGGAUUUCUGUGCUGCUGUUAAGGACUUCUUUGUUUCUGGUAAUUUCAAAAAUCCUAGCUGCUAGAUUAGCUAAGGUCCUGCAUGGCGUUAUUGGUCCUACUCAGAAUGCCUUUUUGGGAGGAAGAAAUAUGAUUGACAACAUUACCCUGGCUCAAGAGCUGUUAAGGAACUAUGGUAGGAAAAGAGCUUCUCCUAGAUGUCUUUUAAAGAUAGAUUUCAAGAAGGCUUUCGAUUUUGUCUAG